UUUAGCUAUUUAUUAUUUUUAGGGGAUAAGUUUUGAAGAUGCGUCCAAAGUGCGGAAAGAAAAUCUGUCACCAGCCUUGUUUACAUACUACAAGAAACCGGUGAUGAUUCAUCAAGGUCACAUGCAAUGGUUGUAUGACACUGAUGGUAAACGAUACCUAGAUUUGUUCGGAGGCAUUGUUACUGUCAGCGUCGGACACUGUCACCCGAAAGUGAAUGCUGCUGCAGAAAAACAGAUGAAGAAAUUAUGGCACACAACAAAUAUAUACAUGCACCCAACAAUACAUGAAUAUGGCCGAAAACUGGCGGAGAAAAUGCCGGGAAAUCUGAAGGUGAUAUAUUUUACAAACAGUGGGUCAGAAGCUAACGAUUUAGCACUGUUGAUGUCCAGAAUGUAUACUGGGGUAUUUGAAGCUGUAUCUCUUAGGAAUGCCUACCAUGGAGCUAGUCCCUAUCUGAUGGGUCUUACAGCUUUGAAUACAUGGAGGUUUAACAGUCCAACAGGGUUUGGUUUACAUCAGUCAAUGAACCCUGAUCCAUUUAGGGGGCCAUGGGGAGGAAAAAAUUGUAGAGAUUCUCCAGCUCAGACAAUUCGAGAUUGUGAUUGUGCAGCUGGAGAAUGUAAAGCAGGUGACAUGUACCUGGAUCAACUAGAAGAUGUUCUCAGGUUCUCUAUGCCUAAAGGCAAAAUUGGAGCUUUCUUUGCUGAAGCUAUACAGGGAGUUGGAGGAACUGUGCAGUUUCCAAAGAAUUUCUUGAAGAGAGCAUUUGAGAAAGUGAGGGCCUUGGGUGGAAUAUGCAUAUCUGAUGAGGUACAGACAGGGUUUGGGAGAACGGGAACUCAUUACUGGGGCUUCGAGGGUCAUGGUGUUAUUCCAGAUAUUGUUACUAUGGCAAAGGGUAUAGGAAAUGGUUACCCUAUGGCAGCGGUGAUUACAACCCCUGAGAUAGCAGCUGGUAUGGGGAAAGCUUUACAUUUUAACACAUUUGGAGGUAACCCUGUAGCUUUCCGCAGUAGGUGCAGCUGUUUCUUGAUGUCAUCGAUGAGGAAAAUAUUCAACAGAAUGCCCAUGGUUGUAGGCGAACAUACUUUAUUGAAGAGCUUUGCCAAGUUGGAGAGUCAGUUUGAUACUGUAGGCGAUUAG